UUUGAUGAAUAGCUCGACAACGCUGAUUAGUGACGAUUUUCUCUUCCCCUGAUUUUUCGAACUGGGACGGGCAUUCAUAAAAUUAAUCUCCGCUCAAGAUGAACUGAAGAGUGGAGAAUCCAGAAAAAUGGAUCAAACGCAGAGAUCAGGAGCCGCAACUACAGCUGCAACGGUUUCUUCUCGGACCUACCAGUUCCACCCGGCGCGAGCCGCCAUUGUCGAGCUCUUCAAUCUCUAUUUAGGCAGAAGUGGGCGCCAAAAGUCCGACGAUUCCCUCCGAGAACCGCCGAAUAAGACGCAAAAGCGAAUACUUGCUCUUAACAGAGAACUUCCUCCUCGAAAUGAACAGUUCCUUUUAGAUUUUGAGCAACUUCAGAGCCAAUUCACUGACCAAGAUCAAUUGCGUGCUGUAACAGAAUCUGUUCUUAUAUCUCUGGUUGUGCAGUGUUGUGGUCAUGCACCCAGGGCAGAUUUUCUUCUUUUUGCUUUACGGAGCUUGUGCAAUAUAGGUUACAUUAACUGGGAUACAUUUUUGCCAUCUCUUCUCUCUUCAGUUUCUUCUGCAGAAAUGUCAGUAAGUCAGGGCCCUCAAGCAGUAUCAGCUGUUCCAUCUACAAGUUUAUCACAGUCUGGAGUACUCCCGUCUACAAGUGCUAUCACUAAUCCAUCUAAUUUUCAGUCGUCAAAUCCGACAUCUCCAUUGCCUUCAAUUCAUGCUAUUGGAUCUCCUGCCCAAUCAACAAUUGAAGCAUCUCCUUGUUCUGCUAUGUCCCCUGUCAAAUCAUCUGAUGUUUCCAGCAAUUCUCAACUGUCUACAUCAAGGGUCAAUUCUUCUAUAAAAGACAAUGUUAUAAGCAGUCUACGUCAGCUAUGCUGCAAGAUUAUCUUGACAGGGCUUGAAUUUAAUUUGAAACCAUUUACCCAUUCUGAAAUUUUCUACCAUAUGCUAAAUUGGCUGGUUAAUUGGGAUCAGAGACAACAAGGUAUUGAUGAAUCUGAUGGAAAAUCCUGGAGGCCUGACAAAGCUCUCAUCGAAUGGCUGCACAGUUGUUUGGAUGUCAUUUGGCUGCUGGUAGAAGAGGACAAAUGCAGAGUUCCCUUUUAUGAAUUACUGCGCAGUGGCUUGCAGCUUAUAGAGAAUAUACCAGAUGAUGAAGCCUUAUUUACACUUAUCCUGGAGAUUCAUCGGAGAAGAGAUAUGAUGGCCAUGCACAUGCAAAUGUUGGAUCAACAUCUUCACUGCCCAACAUUUGGGACUCAUCGGAUUUUAUCUCAAACAACUCCUAAUAUUUCAGUAGAAGCUGUUGCAAACUUACGUUAUUCCCCAAUUACAUAUCCUAGUGUGCUUGGAGAACCUUUACAUGGAGAGGACCUUGCAACUUCGAUUCAUAAGGGGAGUUUGGAUUGGGAGAGAGCUUUGCGUUGUAUAAGGCAUGCUAUUCGCACUACUCCAUCACCAGACUGGUGGAAGCGUGUCCUUCUUGUGGCUCCUUGCUAUAGGAAUCCUGCCCAAGGGCCUACCCCUGGUGCUGUUUUCUCUUCUGAUAUGAUAUGUGAGGCAACAAUUGAUAGAAUUGUUGAACUAUUAAAGUUAACAAAUUCAGAAGUUAAUUGCUGGCAGGAGUGGCUUGUCUUCUCAGAUAUAUUUUUUUUCCUUAUGAAAAGUGGGUGUAUUGAUUUUGUUGAUUUUGUGGACAAGCUAGUUUUGCGCCUUACAGAGAGUGAGCACCAGAUUCUUCGAACGAAUCAUGUGACUUGGCUGCUUGCACAGAUCAUUCGGGUUGAGCUUGUGAUGAGUGCUUUGAACUCUGAUGCCAGAAAGGUCGAGACAACCAGAAAGAUACUAUCCUUUCAUAGAGAAGAUAGAAAUUCUGAUCCUAAUAAUCCUCAGAGCAUCUUACUUGAUUUUAUAAGCAGUUGCCAGAACUUGAGGAUUUGGUCUUUGAACACAUCAACUAGAGAAUACUUGAAUAAUGAACAACUUCAAAAAGGGAAGCAAAUUGAUGAAUGGUGGAGGCAGGUCAGCAAAGGGGAUCGAAUGAUGGAAUAUAUGAAUAUGGAUGAUCGAUCAAUUGGGAUGUUUUGGGUUGUGUCCUACACAAUGGCACAGCCGGCAUGUGAAACAGUUAUGAACUGGUUAUCUUCUGCUCGAGUUGCUGAGUUACCAGGAUCAAAUAUACAGCCGAAUGAGAGGGCAAUGGUGAUGCAGGAAGUAAAUCCAUUGCCAAUAUCAUUGUUAUCCGGCUUUUCAAUGAAUCUAUGUCUGAAGUUGGCCUACCAAAUGGAAGAUUCGUUAUUUGUUGGACAGGUUGUGCCAAGCAUUGCGAUGGUUGAGACAUAUACUAGAUUGCUGCUCAUUGCACCUCACUCAUUGUUCCGCUUGCAUUUCACUCAUUUGUCACAGAGGAAUCCUUCCUUAUUGAGCAAGCCAGGGGUAACUCUUUUGGUGCUUGAAAUUCUGAACUAUCGCUUACUUCCACUCUACAGGUAUCAGGGGAAAAGCAAAGCAUUGAUGUAUGAUGUAACAAAAAUUAUUUCUACCCUCAAAGUGAAGCGUGGCGAUCAUCGUGUAUAUAGGUUGGCUGAAAACUUGUGCAUAAAUCUUAUCUUGUCACUGAGGGAUUUUUUCUCAGUGAAAAGAGAAGGAAAGGGUCCGAAUGAAUUCACAGAAACUUUAAAUCGCAUAACCAUAAUUACUCUUGCUAUCACCAUUAAAACACGUGGAAUUGCAGAUGCUGAUCACUUACUUUAUCUGCAAACAAUGUUAGAACAAAUAAUGGGAACUAGUCAACAUACAUGGUCAGAGAAAACACUACGCUAUUUCCCAUCUCUUCUCCGUGAUGCAUUAAUAGGGCGAAUGGAUAAAAGAGGCCUAGUAAUUCAAGCUUGGCAACAGGCAGAAACAACUGUUAUUAAUCAAUGCACCCAGCUUCUCUCUCCAUCUGCUGAACCUAAUUAUGUUAUGACAUACCUGAGUCAUAGUUUUCCUCAACACCGACAAUAUCUAUGUGCUGGAGCAUGGAUUCUAAUGCAGGGACACCCUGAAAACAUUAAUAGUGCAAAUCUGGCUCGUGUUUUGAGAGAAAUUUCCCCUGAAGAAGUGACAGCAAAUAUAUAUACAAUGGUGGAUGUUCUACUCCAUCACAUACAUGUGGAGCUUCAACAUGGACACGUCUUGCAGGACAUCAUAUUAAAAACUUGUGCAAAUCUCGCAUUCUUUGCUUGGACCCACGAGUUGCUUCCUUUAGAUAUUUUGUUUUUGGCCCUUAACGACCGUGAUGAUGAUCCCCAUGCUUUGCGUAUUGUGGUAAGCUAAGUUCUUCUACACAUUUAGGACAUGUUCUUUUUGUAUGCAUAAUUUGUGUAGAUUUAGUUGUGCACUAGGCAAAUCCACAAAAAAAUCUUAUUAUCUUUUUCUUUUUGAGAGAGUCUAUAUUAGGAAAUCUUAUUAAGGCAAUCUUUCGGAUAAAAUUGAUCUUAUAGAAUUUAAACUGGAAAUAAAACAACUAACUCCAAAUUUCAUCAAUUUUAAUGAGAUUUAGAAUCAAUUGUUUCACUACACUUUAAAUUCUCUAAGAGGUCUCUUUUUGUCAUUUUUAAUAAAAUUUCUAUUACCCCCUAGUUAAACCAAAUAUGUUUUUAAAAAUUUGCCUUAAAAGUAGGAGAAAAUAUAUUAAAGGCAAAGUGCCAAAGGGGGUGCAACCCAUGUACAAAGAUAGAAAAGAAUUUACAGAUCCGUAAUAAUAUCAACAAUAGAUCCCAAAUCCUUUAAACUAUCUAAAUUGUGGCCAAAAAUAGUAGAACCAAAAAAACGUAGCCUUCUAUUCUUGAUAGUAUCAAAAUCAGUAUAUCUAUCUUCAAAAAAUUUUUUGUUCUUUUCAUUCCAAAUCACCCAGAUAGCAGAUAGAGGGAUAAAUUUGUGACAUUUGUGCUUCGUAAUAAUUCCUCCCCAAGUUAAAAGUUCUUGGGAAACAGUCCCAGCUAAAACCCAUUGAACGCCAAGAAAGUUAUAAAUCAUAUUCCAAAGCUUGGCCGUGUUCGGAUACCAAAGAAGAAGAUGAUUAGUAGUUUCAGUGUUCAGCAUGCACAAAGGACAUCUGUUAGCCAAAUUCAGUCCUCUCCUCAUGAGAUUGUCAAACGUAAGAAUUCUUCCCUUUGCAGCUUCCCAAGC